AUGCAACUGAAGACAUAUGCUGAAGUAGUCCACAAAUCUCAGAUUUAUGAGGCUGUGGAGAAGAAUGCAAUUAUGGAUGAAAAAGUUGAACCAAAGAAAAAGUUCAAGAAGAGUUUUGCUACCCCUACAGCAAACAAGGACAAUUGGAAGAAAUUCCACAAGAAAAAGCCCCAAGGAAAUGUUGACUACAAGAAGUAUAGUAAGAACCACAAGGGUGAUUGUUUGGUAGGAACGUUCACUUACUUCAAGUGUAAGGAACUUGGACAUCUUGCAAGGAAUUGUCCAACUCUGAAGGAGCAGCCAGAGCGAAACCCCCAAGGAGGGCAAGCCAAUCAAAAUUUCCAGAAUAGAAAGGACACUCAAGGAAACCAGAAGCCAAGAGCCUCUGGUAGGGUUUUCACAAUGACUAAGAAGGAUGCAGAGGCGUCUCCCUCUGUUGUGGCAGGUGUGCUGAAAAUCUCUGGAAUACCUGCUUAUGUCCUAUUUGAUUCGGGAUCCACUCAUAGUUUUGUAUUGAGUACCUUUGCGACUAAAUUAAAUGUUGUGCCCAAAGUUUUGAAUUACCAGUUGUGUGUGCCUACACCUUCUAGAGGAAUGAUAGAGACAGAAUUAAUUUGUGAAGCAUAUGAUGUAGAGAUUAUGGAUAUAAUAAUUGACUGCAGACUUAAUUCUGUUAGAAAUGAAGGAUUUUGA